GAUGCGAGUCUAUCAACGAACAGGUUCAAUCAGCAGUCAUGAGGUCUUUGGUGUUCCUGGUGCUCCUUGGAGCUGCCUUUGCUCUGGAUGAUGACAAGAUUGUUGGUGGAUAUGAGUGCCAGCCUAAUUCCCAGCCCUGGCAGGCGUCUCUGAACUCUGGCUACCACUUCUGCGGUGGCUCUCUGGUCAGCGAAUACUGGGUUGUGUCUGCUGCUCACUGCUACAAGUCACGUUUGGAGGUCCGUUUGGGCGAGCACAACAUCGUCAUUAAUGAGGGUACUGAGCAGUUCAUCACCUCCGAGAAGGUCAUCCGCAACCCCAACUAUGACUCCUGGACCAUUGACAGUGACAUCAUGCUGAUCAAGCUGAGCAAGCCUGCCACCCUCAACAAGUAUGUGCAGCCUGUGGCCCUGCCCAACGGCUGUGCUGCUGACGGCACCAUGUGCAGAGUCUCUGGCUGGGGAAACACCAUGAGCUCCACUGCUGAUUCCAACAAGCUUCAGUGUCUGGAGAUCCCCAUCCUUUCUGACCGCGACUGUAAAAACUCCUACCCCGGCAUGAUUACCGACACAAUGUUCUGCGCUGGAUACCUGGAGGGAGGAAAAGACUCUUGCCAGGGUGACUCUGGUGGUCCAGUGGUGUGCAACGGUGAGCUUCAGGGUAUUGUGUCCUGGGGUUACGGCUGCGCUCAGAAGGAUAAUCCUGGUGUUUACGGCAAGGUCUGUAUGUUCAGCCAGUGGAUCGCUGACACCAUGAGAAACAACUAAAACCGAUUCUUGAUCACAUACAGCUUUAUAGAUCUGCAAUUCAUCUGCAAUGUCUGUCUUUGGUUUGUAGAUAAAAACCUGUGUAAAAAUAAAA